UAUGCUAGCAGUCAGGGGAUACACUGUUAACUUGCAGUCAGGGGAUACACUGUAUACUAGCAGUCAGGGGAUACACUGUAUACUAGCAGUCAGGGAAUACACUGUAUAAGCAGUCAGGGGAUACACUGUAUACUAGCAGUCAGGGAAUACACAGUAUAAGAAAUCAGGGGAUACACUGUAUGCUAGCAGUCAGGGGAUACACUGUAUAGCAGUCAGGGGAUACACUGGACAUUUGCUGAUGUACUGAGUCACACAGACUGUCUACCACCAGGGGAUUCCCCUCUGAAACUCACACAGUACAGUCAGGCUGUCCCUUGGUGUCAGGAUGCAGGUCUGCAGGGGGCGGAUGCUGGGUAUAUCUGUGGCCAUAGCACACGGGGUGUUCUCGGGUUCUCUGAACAUUCUACUGAAGUUCAUGAUCUCCAGGUUCCAUUUCUCUUUCCUGACCCUGGUGCAAUGUACCACCAGCUCCACCGCCGCCCUCACCCUGGAGAUCCUCCGGCGCUGGGGCAAGAUCUCUGUGCCCCCCUUCGGACUGGGCUUAGCUCGCAUGUUCAUCGGGGUCACCAUCCUGUCAACCCUGCAGUCCACCCUGACACUGUGGUCCCUGCGGGGGCUCAGUCUGCCCAUGUACGUGGUGUUCAAGCGCUGCCUGCCCCUGGUCACCCUGAUGAUAGGAGUGCUGGUCCUGAGGAAUGGGAUGCCAUCUGCAGGGGUCAUCAUCGCCGUAUUUAUCACCACCUGCGGAGCUGCGCUAGCAGGGGCUGGAGAUCUGAGCGGUGAGCCAAUAGGAUACAUAACCGGAGUACUGGCCGUUAUAGUACACUCUGCCUAUCUGGUAAUUAUUCAAAAGACAAGUAUCGAUAGUGAGCACGGACCCCUUACUGCACAGUAUAUCAUAGCUGUUACAGCAACCCCUGUGCUUAUCAUCUGCUCUUUUGCCAGUAUGGACCUCAUCAAUGCUUGGUCUUUCCCAGGCUGGAAGGACCCUUCCAUGGUGUGCACUUUUAUCGCAUGUACCCUUAUUGGCUGUGCCAUGAACUUUACCACGCUUCACUGCACCUAUCUAAACUCCGCAGUCACUACCAGCUUCGUUGGUGUGGUGAAGAGCAUUGCCACUAUCACAGUUGGCAUGUUGGCUUUUAGUGAUGUGGAGCCUACUUCCCUAUUCAUUGCUGGAGUAGUUGUGAAUACAUUUGGUUCUGUAGUCUACUGUGUAGCCAAGUACUUAGAGACCAGAAGACAAAUCAAUUAUGAAGAUCUGGAAAAGGAGGCUAUCAAGGAGGACAAGAUAGAGCAGAAUGGAGAACAACCACCAUUUGUAAUGGAAGAGAUUUUACAAGAUAACAAUGUUGAAGGUCAAGCAGACGAAAAGUCAUCUACAGAUACUACAAAGACUGACCAAAUAAAAGAAGAUCAGCAGACUGGGAGUACAUUAGGAGCAUACCUGCAGUCAAGCGGCCAAGUAGGGCCUGAGACUGAUGGUGAUAAUAGGAGUAGUUUAAGGGAAUCAUAUCUUGGUAUAUGGAGAAUGGUGAGAGGUGUUAGGUUUUUAAAGAAAGAUUAUCUCAUAGAAAAUGAGGAACUGCCAAGUCCAUAA